AUUAAAAAUUAAAGUUUUGUUUUUGUACCAGCUGUUAUAUAAUAAUAUUUUUAAUCCGUUUCUAGGUAACUAAAUAAAUUUAUAUUUCAGUAGAUUAAAUAUUUUUUAAUAUUAUGGCUGCAAUACCUCAGUGAAAUCUGUUGUUAUAGCAACAAACAAGUUAGGAAUCAUUAAUUUUUUACCAAUGUUUUUCUUUUAUCAAAAUAUAUGAUUUUUAAUUAGAUCGUUAUUUAUGGACUACUGUAAUAAUAUUUUUAGAUUUUGUGAUGUUAUAUUAUUUUUAUUAAGAAAUAAUUUGUAAAUAUGAUACUAAUUUGCUGGCAUUAAUAAUCAAAAAAGCAAAUAUGUAAUUUCUUGUUGUAUGAGUUAUGAAUUUAUCAGCUGAAGAAAAAAAUAAUGUUAAUACAGCUAUACAAGAUUAUUGUGAAGAUAAUCAGAUAAUAAAUGUUCAAGAGUUGUUAGAUUUUUUAAUAAUAGCACAUCGUGUCAAUGAGUAUCUUAUCGAUGGUUAUAAUACAUUGCCUGAAAAAUCUAUUAAUUGGACUGAAUUAGCUCAAAAUAAUUUAUUCUUAAGACUUCUAUCGUCAAAAAAAGAUGAUUCUGGAAAACUUGCAAUAAAAUGUGAACAUAUUGAAAAAGUUCAAUCAGUAUUACAAUACAAUCUCAAAGAAAUAAUGAAUGAAGGUAUUUUAGAUUCAAUUCUUCCAUUCAUGGUAAAAAAAAGCUUGAGUUCAAACGUUAAAAAAACUUUAGAAUCCAUAGAUUCAAAAGUUAAUAAUACGUUAACAACAAAGGAAAAAAUGGGAGUAAAACAAAGGUCACAAUAUUUGAAUGAAAAUAUUAUAAGAUCAAGAGGAGAUUCUGAGAUUGAAAUUAACGUUUGUGAUGCUGUUCAGAAAACUAAAAAAAUAUUUAGAUGCCCUAAGAGACUCCUUGUUUCGAAAAUGGGUUAUUUUGCUGAAGUUACCAAAGGUCAACGUUUAGAAGAUAUUGAUAUAUCUGUUCACUGUGAAAUACCAAUUUUCGACUGGUUAAUUAAAUGGGUUAAAAAGGAUUUAAAGCCAAAAAUUGACUGGCCAAUAUUAGAUUGCGGAAAUGUACUUCCAAUUUUAGUUUCUGCGUCAUUUCUACAAAUGGAGCCGUUGUUUCAAGAAUGUUUAAAUUUUUGCAAAUAUAACAUAAAUAAUGUAUUAUCAUCGUCAUCAAGUUUUAGCUGUAUUAAUGAUGGAAUAAUUACAAGACUUUCUAAUCAAUUUAGUAACUGUGAUAUUGAAAAUUUACAAGAUGUAAGGGAUAAAUUGAAAUCACGAUUAUAUACUAAGCUAAUAUUAGAUUUAUUUAAAAGCAAUCCAAAAAAAGAAUUUGGACACUACAGUACCUUUGCUUAUGCUUUUCAUUGUCAUCGUUGUAGUACAAUAUUGAUUCCGAGCGUUGCUGAUAUGAUACCAUGCAAGUCGCCGAUUUUUAAAAUAGCUCAAAAUGGAGGUAUAAUUGCUUAUCAUUCCAGAGAUUUAAGAUGGACAUUAAAUGAUCAUGUGAAAUCACUAUUUUUUAAACAUAAAAGUUGGCGUAUUGUUUAUUGGUGUUUGUGGUCUGAAUGUCAUUUUAUGCGUUGUACACUUUGUAAAAUAAUGUAUCCAGUUAAAUAUCAUAAAUGGUGCCAAUAUCACCCUCAAAUUCCUCAGUAUUGUGCUAUAGAGAAUAAUCGACAUCUAUGUUAUCCAUUAGGACGUUAUCCAUGUUGUAAUGAAAAAACAUUUAGAUAUGAACCUCUUAAAAAUCCAUUUGGAUGUCAUUACAAAGAACAUGUUCCAUUACUCGAAAAUACUUCUGCUGCAGAAAUUCAUAAGAUUAUGCAAAUGUUUCCAUCUCUGACUACCAUUGAACCUCCAAUCAUUUUUUCUGAUAGUUUUUCAAAUUAUUUAGAUCCGAAAUAUGUUGAUGAUGACAUCAAUAAAAAGAAUACUAUAUGGACUAAUGAUAAUCAUAAAUUUACACCAUUCAACGCUGAGGGUCCUACAAAAAAAGUUAUACAUUGGUGGGAAAAUGUUAUCAUUGGAAUAUCAUCAACGAAGAGGCAAUUCCUUACUGAAUUGUCGGAUAAACCGGUUAUUAGAAAACCACCAUCGCCAAAUAUUAGUGAAAAUGUAUGUGAAUCUAUUGAAAAUAUAGUUUGUGAAACGUAUUCUUCGUUUGGUUCUUCGUUUGAAGAAGUUGAAGAUUCUUUAUCAAGUUUUAGCGAUAGUGACUCUACUAAUUCAGAUAAGAUCUCCGUUAAAAAACAUAAAACUAAACAACCUCCAAAAGCUAUUAGAACAUUAAAACAAAGAUACAGAUAUACGGGAAAUUAUCAGUGGUCACCAACGGCACCAAUGCGUUGUAAUCAAGAUAACCAAAGGGAAUACGAAGAACGUUGUUUUCGCCAAAUCACACAACAUCUUUUUCAUCAAAGUAGUACGAUAAAUGAAGAAUGUAAUCGUACAUUGAUUUCUAGUGCUGCGUCCAACGAGAUUUGGCGACAACCAAAUAGUGGAUGUUAUUUAAAGCUGGAAUCAGAAUUGUUAUCUAAAAUUGACCCAAAAGCUUCUCUAAGAUCAAUGACAGUUGAGAACAAAACUCAUACAAGAUCCAAGAUCAAGAAAUCGAACAAGUCAAAUGCUUGAUAUCUAUUUAUAAUUGCUUUUUUAUUUUAUUAUUACUGUAAUUAGAAUAUAACAAACGAAAAUAGA